CUUCAGCACUCAGCAGAGAUUUGUCUUGACAAUCAUUUGUGCCAGCUACUUCCCUGCUCUCCUUCCAUCCUGUCUCAACCUCCAACAGGAAAGUAGAAGUCCUCAUAUGACACCAAGUGCUGAGGUCCUGUCUCAGCCUCAUACAGACCAAUCGACACCAAGUGCUGAGGUCCUGUCUCAGCCUCAUACAGACCAAUUGGUGAGUGACAUACCCACUUCAUUCUUCCAACAGACACCAAGUGCUGAGGUCCUGUCUCAGCCUCAUACAGACCAAUCGACACCAAGUGCUGAGGUCCUGUCUCAGCCUCAUACAGACCAAUCGACACCAAGUGCUGAGGUCCUGUCUCAGCCUCAUACAGACCAAUCGACACCAAGUGCUGAGGUCCUGUCUCAGCCUCAUACAGACCAAUCGACACCAAGUGCUGAGGUCCUGUCUCAGCCUCAUACAGACCAAUCGACACCAAGUGCUGAGGUCCUGUCUCAGCCUCAUACAGACCAAUUGGUGAGUGACAUACCCACUUCAUUCUUCCAACAGACACCAAGUGCUGAGGUCCUGUCUCAGCCUCAUACAGACCAAUCGACACCAAGUGCUGAGGUCCUGUCUCAGCCUCAUACAGACCAAUCGACACCAAGUGCUGAGGUCCUGUCUCAGCCUCAUACAGACCAAUCGACACCAAGUGCUGAGGUCCUGUCUCAGCCUCAUACAGACCAAUCGACACCAAGUGCUGAGGUCCUGUCUCAGCCUCAUACAGACCAAUUGGUGAGUGACAUACCCACUUCAUUCUUCCAACAGACACCAAGUGCUGAGGUCCUGUCUCAGCCUCAUACAGACCAAUCGACACCAAGUGCUGAGGUCCUGUCUCAGCCUCAUACAGACCAAUCGACACCAAGUGCUGAGGUCCUGUCUCAGCCUCAUACAGACCAAUCGACACCAAGUGCUGAGGUCCUGUCUCAGCCUCAUACAGACCAAUUGCUGGGAAGGUGAGAAGCAAGUGGACAAAUGAUGAAGUAAAGGUUGCUGCAAAGUACCAGGUAAAAAGGAAUGUGACUGCUGCUUCCAAGCAGAGCCGGCAGCUCGUAAAGGCAGAGACUGGGUUGCCAUAAAGUACUACAUCCACAACAGGAUCAUUGCAUUAAAAGAAAGAUGCAAGGAAAAAAAGAAACAACCAAGAGAGAUACUUUGUUGCUUCCACAGUUAUGUCAAUAUUGUAGUUUUCUGUAUUGCAUUGUUCUUACUCAUAAAUCUGUGGUUUAUGCUGGGUGCUUUUUCCAAUUAAAUGAUAAGAAAGGCA